AUGGCAUUGAAUCCGGAAGAUCUCGGUAGUGGGUUCCGGCAUAGCAAGGUGUCAAUGUUCAUCAACGAACAAAUGGCCAAGCAUGACAAAGGCCCUGAUUUCUACCUUGAGAACCUGUCCCUGACCUGGGAAGAGGUGGAAGACAAGCUCAAAGUCAUCCUGGAGGAUAGCGCUGUGCCUAUCGAGGCUCGAGAAGCCUGUGCCUGGGGCACCCUGGCCUUGGGUGUUCGCUUUGCUCACAGGCAAGGCUGCUUACAGGGGCACGGGGUGCAGUGGCUGCAAGACCUAUCUAACCUGCAUAAGGUGGCUACACUCUCCUUGUCAUCAGGCUCGAGUCAGCUCACCCACCAGCAAGAGAUGGAGCGGAAGGAGGUGGCUCUCCAGCUUCAAAUGGCCCAGGCCAAAUUGGAAGAGGUGAAGAGAGAACGAGACCUGCUGAAACUGAAGAUGCUACAAACAGUAAGAUUGUCACCUGGCCCUGUCUUGCCCAUGCCCAUCCCACCCCUAUGUCAGUACCCCAUUCCCCAAACAGGUUUUAACCCUAUCUACUUCUCCCUAGGAGCUGAGGGCUCUCCCAGGCACAGUAAGACCCGCUAUGACCAUCACUCCUGCUUUCAGAACCGGGACAGGCACACAGUGGUCAGAUUUGCCACCCCUGUGAAGAUUCUGAAAGACUACAGAGGAUGCCAGCAGCAGGUGCAAGCAUGGACUUCUGCAAUUAUAUGGCCUCUUAACAAAAGCUUUCCUAGUCCUCAGUGGGUGAAGCAGACAGAGCUCUGACCAGGAAACUCAGGCCACUGCUCCAAGGUGAGUUAGCAACUGAUAGUGCACAGAGGGUUUGCCAGUCUACAUGGGCCAAAGCACAGUGCUCUCUGGUGGGAUUCUCUCUUCUGACUCGGCAGCAUACUAAAUGGAGGAAAAUGUGGAUUUCAA